AUGGCGUCCUUGCAGAAUGGUUAUUCCAACGGCGUGAAUGGCGGCGAUUCCCUCGCGGCCAACUCGUUGGCUAACCUGCGUUUCUCUGACAUCCCGUCCGCCAUCGACAUUCCCGCGUCGACCCUCGACAGUGAGGUGGAAGUGAGCUUGGAAGGGCUUCCGGAUGACCCUACGGAACUAUGUACACUCCUGGAGAACGAGAGGGCCGCGAAGAAUUUCUGGGUGAUCAUCGCGCUCGCGUAUGCCAAACAGAAACAAAUCGACCAUGCCAUCGACAUCCUCAAUAAGGGAUUGGCCUCGGUCGCCCAUGGAGCGACCAAGGAGAAGCUAGGCCUCCUGGGCUGGGUAUGCUGGCUGUUGAUGUUGAAGAGUCGUCAAGCUCCCCGGGUCGCCUCCGAAGGCGAACUGUACACCGAGGCCAAGACGAAAGACUACUAUCUCCAACUCGCGACGUCGACGCUGAACGAGGCCUCUCGGCUGAACCCGGCUUUCCCGCCGCUGUUCCUUGCUCGGGGUGUUCUGUCCCUCUUGCGCUCCUCUUUGCACCCUCCGAGACCCAUUCGCCCUGGCACCGUCGACACCUCGGAAAGAGUGGAGUCCCUGCGACAGGCGCUCAAAUGCUUCGAUGAAUCGUCCAAGGCCUUCGGCGGCCGGAACGUCAUGGCAAUCCUGGGUCGUGCGAGAACCCAGUAUAUGCUGGGCAGAUAUGCCGACGCAUUGGAAGGCUACCAGAAGGUGCUGAUGAAAAUGCCCGGGCUAACUGACCCGGACCCCCGCAUUGGAAUUGGAAGCUGCCUGUGGCAGUUGGGCUUCAAAGACCAGGCGAAGGUUGCCUGGGACCGAGCAUUGGCACUGAACCCCGAUUCCAAGGUUGCCAACAUUCUACUUGCCGUAUACUACCUUUACGAUAGUUCGCGACACGCUACGACCGACCCGGUCUUCGGCUCUUUGUACAAGGUAGCCAUGACCCAAUACACGCAGAAGGCGUUCAAACUGGAUAAAGAAUACCCAAUGACCUGUUCCCUGUUUGGUGGCUAUUUCCUUCUGCGGAAGUCCUACUCCACCGUCGACACCCUGGCACGCAAAGCCAUCGAGCACACGGACGUGAUGCAGAUCGCUAGCGACGGGUGGUACCUGCUGGGUCGCAAAGCCCAUUACGAGGGCGAUCUUGCUCGUGCUGCAGAGUAUUACAACCGCUCCGACCAAGCGCGCGGCGGUGGUGACAAGGGCUAUCUGCCCGCCAAGUUUGGCGCGGUGCAAAUGCAAGUGUCGAACAAGGAUCUUGAUGGAGCGAAAUUCCGCCUGGAGAAGAUCAUCCAGCAGACCAAGAAUCCUGAGUGUAUGGUGCUGCUUGGAGCACUCCUUGCCGAGGAGGUCUUCGCCGCGCAGAGCAGCGGUAGCAAGGAAGACAAGUCGGCGGAAGCGAAGAAAGCCACCGGCCUCUUGGAAUCCGUCCGUGCCCUGUGGAAAGAUGAGAGCAAGAAGCUCACGCCCGACGAGUCAGUAUUGGUGUACCUUGCCCGACUUUAUGAACAGACCGCGCCCGAGAAGAGCAUGCAGUGCCUGUCUCGGCUGGAGGAAAUACAGUUGGCGGAGGUCCCCGAAGAACUACAGCCGGAAGGCCUCGAGGAUGAGGAGCAAAUCAAGGCCGCGCUUCGGGUGAAUCUGCCCCCGCAGCUGCUCAACAACAUUGGCUGCUUCCUGUAUCAGGCGGAGAAGGUGGAACAGUCGCGGACCAUGUUCCAAGCGGCCUUGAACGCCUGCGUCCGAUCGCAGGAGAAGGAAAGUGAGCUUGGCAUUGACGCGCUCGUCACGACCAUCAGCUACAACCUUGGCCGAAGCUACGAGGUUUCCGAUAUGCCGGAGGAGGCCAAGAAGGUCUACGACGGGCUCUUAGAGCGCCAUUCGGACUACACGGAGGCCAACGCCAGACUGACCUACAUUGCGUUGCGGCAGAGCCCCACGGACGAGGGACCCAAGAAGAUGGCCAAGCUUUACGAGGCCGACUCCACCAACCUGGAAGUUCGAGCGCUGUUCGGGUGGUAUCUCAGCAAAUCUAAGAAACGGACGUCCAAUCUGGCGGAAGACCAGGAACAGCGGCACUACAAGCAUACACUUCAGUACUUCGACAAGCACGAUCGCUACUCGUUGACCGGGAUGGGCAACGUCCAUCUCCUCACGGCACGAGACAUGCGACGUGAAACCGAACCGGAGAAGGAAAAGCGCCGCAAGAUGUACGAACGGGCAGUCGAGUUCUUCGACAAGGCUCUUCAGCUCGAUCCGCGCAACGCUUACGCGGCCCAGGGCAUUGCCAUCGCCCUGGUAGACGACAAGAAAGAUCACAGCACCGCCGUGCACAUCUUCUCGAGGAUCCGGGACACCUUGCGGGAUGCCAGCGUCUACCUGAACCUGGGCCAUGUCUACGCAGAGCUCCGUCAAUAUACGCGCUCGAUUGAACAUUACGAGGCGGCGCUAUCCAAGGACCGUGCCCGCGACGCGCAGAUCCUGGCGUGCCUGGGUCGCGUGUGGCUACUGAAGGGUAAGCAGGAGAUGAACCUGUCGGCGAUGAAGUCGGCCCUGGACUACGCGCAGCGCGCCCACUCCGUCGCGCCGGCCCAGAUCCACCUCGAGUUCAACAUGGCCUUCGUACAGAAUCAGAUCGCGUCUUUGACGUACGGGUUGCCAGAGACGCAGCGGACGGUGCAGGAUGUGCAGGACGCGGCAGACGGCCUCCGCCAGGCAGUGGAGACGUUUGGACGCAUCGCGCAGGCCAAGAAUCCGCCCUACCCGGCUGGGGCCCUGGAGCAGCGCGCGAACAUGGGCAAGACCAUCAUCAAGCAGCUGGAGCGCGCACUCCAGAGCCAGAAGGAUUACGAGGAGAAGAACGCGGCCAAGCUGCAGCAGGCGCGCGAGGCGCGCGAGGCCGAGAUCCGGCGUCGCGAGGAGGAGGUGCGCAAGGCGCAGGAAAUGGAGCAAGAGCGCAAGCAGCGGGUUGCCGAGGAACGACAGCGGAUGGUCGAAGAAGCGCAGCGGCUGGCGGAACAGCGCGCGGAUGAGGAGCGCGCCCGUGAGGAGGCGGACCUGACCACGGAAUCGGACACCGGCGCCAAGGUCAAGCGCAAGAAGAAGCCGUCGAAGCGCAAGAAGCAGCGGAACGAGGACGAUUUCAUCAACGACAGAGGGUCUCCUGGUCGGGACAAGAGCUCGGAACCCGACAGCGAGGGCGAGACGGCGCCAAAAAAGCGUCGACGCCUGGAACGCCGAUCGGGCGGCAAAGUGCAGUCGAACAAAUAUAAGAGCAGCGAGAUGGUGGUGGACUCCGACUCCGACGAUGCCGGCGCUGCCGCCCCCGACGAUGAUGAGGAAGUUGGCGCUGCGGCAGCAGACGAGGACGAGGACGAAGUUUUCCAGCGACGACGGAAUAAAUCUAGUCGUCGAGUCGCGGACGACGACGAAGAGGACGAAGAGGAAGCCGACAGGGGGGAGAAGAAGGGCGAAGGAGCGGGAGGAGCUGGAGAUGACGAUGAUGACGACGGGCUAUUCAGUGAGGGACCCGGCGAUGAAGAUACGGCGAUGAAUGAAGGAUGA